CACGUAUAGUGAAAACAGUGUGUAACCGUAUGAGCGUAAACUGUACCUCUGCGCAAAUUUUAAUUAAACCGCUCUUAUUUUAAAUCAGCUAACAAACGUUUCUUCAAUAUGUUUAAGUUUUCAUUUAACAACGACACAGUAACUUCUACUAGCGACUCGAAAGAUAAAACCGAAUCGGACCCUAAACAUGAAUGCAUGGAACUUACUUUGCUGGAAGACUGUGUUAGACCGGAACGGGAGAAAUUUUAUGUAUUUGUUGCCAGCGUGGACCUUCAAGUGGAAUAUUUAAAUUGCUUGACUUUACCCCAAGAAGAUUUGUCCAGUGAAAUUUUGACGGCGGAACAGGACCAUUCGGAUCUAAUUCCGGGACAGUAUGAAGGAGGCCUGAAGGUAUGGGAAUGUACCUUCGAUCUAGGCGAGCUGAUUGCAGAACGAGAAGAGUACAAAAAACUAUUUCAGUCAGCGACGGUCCUUGAUCUUGGUUGUGGUUCCGGAAUUCUCGGUAUUUUAGCGGUGAAGCUCGGUGCAGCGGCGGUAGUUUUUCAGGAUUAUAACAAAGUCGUUCUCGAUGCGAUUACAAUGAAAAACUAUUUUUUCAACUGCUGCGAAGAAGACGAGACAAAAUCGUUGCCCAGCACUCAAGCGCGCUUCUUCUCCGGUGACUGGGCCAGUUUUAUGGAUCAUGUACAGGAAAAAUUCGAUGUGAUCCUAACGUCGGAAACAAUUUACAACCAACAACACUACAGCACCCUGAUAAAUCUGUUCAAGAGUAAACUGAAGCCGGACGGAGUUGUCUUGUUGGCUGCCAAAAUCUAUUAUUUCGGUGUUGGUGGAGGUUUGCGCCUUUUCGAGUCAAUUUUGGAACAGGAUGGAACGUUCAGCUACCGGACGGCAUCAGAUAUCGACGACGGUGUCCGACGAGAAAUUCUGGAGAUACGCUGGAAGUCGCCGGCCGUGCAGGACCCAAUUGAAGAGAAGUAACUUGAAGCGCCGUUUUUUUCCCUCACACUUUUAUUGAAUGACCAAACAGAGAGAAACUGAUCCAAAGCUCAGUCACCACAAAGAGAAACCAACGAAAAAGAGGAACUCCAAUUGGCCCGAACGUCCCGACGACUGAUUGACUGAAGAAAAAUCUGCACGCUGAACAUACCUCUAUUUACAUGUUUUUUAGUUUAAAACAAAAUAAACGUUUGUCUACAAUCAGUAAACAUAA